AUGUCUGGAGAAGAGCCUGCCCAGGGCUCAUCCAGUAGCAUAUAUAAAGGCACUACUCAUUUGGACGAACCUGUGGAGCCACAACACUAUCAACAGGAUGAGGAGCAUGAUAGCGAGGCCCUGCGCCAGCCACAUCAAUCUUCAGGCCCAACUUCCAUAUUUGUAAAGUCCUUCAGGGCUUUAUUUGGCUUCAGGAAGACCUCGUUGACGAUUUUUGUUGGACUGACGCUGUUCCUGGUAUUCAUUAGCUUGCCAUUGGCGAGAGAUUAUGCUCUUGUUGUUCCCUCACCUGAACCAAGUGAAUUGACCAGUGCAUGGUUUGACUUGCAGAAGAUAUCACACAAACCACAUCCUUACGUAUCCCAUGCGAACGACGAAGUUCACGACUACCUCAUGGAGAGAGUCACUCAGCUGGCUAAGAGUUCUGUCCUUAACAUCACCAUCGACGAUGACAAGGCUUCCAAUCUGACGUACUUUGACAUCCACUACCUCUGGAAAGAUGGAGAUGCCGACUUCAAUCCCUUGCACUAUUUUGAAAGCUCAAACAUUCUUGUGAAGAUUGAAGGAAAGGAUAGUAAGCUGGACGGCAUCCUUCUCAGUGCCCAUUACGACUCUGUGGGAACCUCGUACGGCACUACUGAUGACGGUGCAGGUGUCGCUUCACUCCUGGGAGUGUUGGAACAUUAUGCCCUCACGGGCAAACAGCCUCUGCGUACCAUAGUGUUCAACUUCAACAAUAACGAGGAAUUUGGACUGUACGGUGCUAUGUCCUUUUUCAAACACAAAUGGUCAAAGCUUGUCAAGUACUUCAUUAAUCUUGAGGGAACAGGCACAGGAGAACGUGCAGCUCUAUUCAGAACAACUGAUUAUGGUGUCGCUCAGCUCUAUUCCAGUGUGAGAUCUCCAUUUGGCUCCUCUAUAUUCCAACAAGCCUUUGCCACUGGUGUGAUUAGAAGCGAGACUGACUACAGAAUUUACCAUGAGAAUGGUCUCCGUGGUUUUGAUAUUGCGUUUUACAAGCCGAGAGACUUGUACCACACAGUGGCAGAUUCAAUUAAGCACACUUCAAAGGGCGCACUAUGGCACAUGCUUGGUAAUACUUUGGAUUUGACUAAAUCAUUGGCAAAUGCCAAGGAUAUAAGUGAUGAUGAGUCUGGUGCCGUGUUCUUUGACGUACUUGGGUUGCAGUUCUUUGUCACCUCAUUGAAUGCCUUGAUUACUGCUAAUAUUGUCCUCCUGACUAUCGUACCAAUUGCCUUGAUCUUCUUUGGGAUAAUCAUCCAUAAGAGACAGAUAUGGACAACUGGUUACAGCUGGUUUAGAUUACCAAUCUCCUUUGCACUGGGGUUGUUUUUUGCAAAUGCAGUUAACAAAUCGAUCUACUACUUGAACGGUUAUAUCGUUUCAAGGAAUUUUAUUUCACCAUUGAUUGCAGUUUCUGCAACGUUCCUUCUUGUGAACUACGGCUUUUUAACUAUAUCCCAAUCUUUGGCACCAGUUCAUGAUUUCAAACUGAUCAUCACUUUGGAAGUGUUUGUCGUUCUUUGGGUCUUGCUUCUGUAUUUCACCAUCCGGGAGAAGACACAGGUUGGAAUAACAGGUGCCUAUCUUGUGACUAUCAUUUAUGCCCUAUAUUCCAUUUCAACAAUCUUGGGGCUGUUUGGAAUUGCAGUUGCCUCUCAAAGAAAGAAACCUCUGAACGACAACCAGUACCUACAGCCUGGAAAUGUCUCCACAAGAACCACUGAUGAGUUUGAUGAAAAUACACCUUUGAUUGAUAGAGAUGACGUUGAUGAGGAAGAGGAGGCACAUCCAGAGCACAACUCAUUCACUUAUGACUGGAGUCUACAGUAUUUGGUUCUUGUUCCUAUUCCCUUGUUGCUGUCAUACAUUUCAGUGGAUGCAUCACUCGUCGGUCUUUGUCAGACUAUACAGGAGAGUCUUCAUUCUGGCAUUGUCUUUUACGAGGUCCUGCUUGCCUCUGGUAUUGCAUUAACAGUUCCAUUGUUGAGUUUUGCAUAUAAAUUGAACUUUUUGUUUGCCAUUGUUCUCAUAUUGUCCAUCAUCAUUGGAGGUUCUGAAUCGAUUCUGCAGGAUCCGUUCACCUCUGGAGCUCCAAUGAAGGUACGUUUUGCACAAACAAUUGAUCUUGACGGAACUGCUUCUCCUCAAGUUGAGAUCUUGGGCCGUACCGGUUUCUUGUAUGACAUUAUCAGUGAUCUUCCAAGUGUGAAGGAACAUCACGAGAAUGUUACUUGUACGCCUUCUGAUGACGGUAAUGAAAUUUGCUCUUAUCAGUCUGCUGAGAGACCUUAUCUCUUUAACGGUACACUCAAGGACAACUCGAUUGAGUCCUAUUUGACUGUUGAUAUUCUAAAGACAAAAGACAGCGAAGCAUCACCUUAUUCUCCAAUGAAGGCUGAGAUUCGCAUUAACGUCAAGGAGAACAGAAACUGUCUCGUCACUUUCAACACUAGUGCUUAUUCCCCUCACCAUGGUAAGUCACCAGUUCGUGUUGUCACGAUAUACGACUCGGUGAAUAAUGUGUCACUUUCUUCAAAUCUUGAUAGUGCCAGCUCUUUAUCCAAUGGUUUUACAGUCGACUCCAGUGGAAAUAAAAUCUUCAAAUGGCUUUCUGGUAUUGAUCAAAUUGCCUUACACAAGACAAAUUGGAACUCAGGUUACCAUCUGGGUCUUCAGUGGGUUCCUAAAUGGCUUGAGGAUGGCGAGGAUCAACCACCAAGUGAUUCUCCCUUGAACAAAUUAGGAGUACACGUCACAUGCCAUUGGGGAGAGUGGGACGACGUAUCAAUAGUUGAUGGUGUAUCAAGGCGGAUAAUACCUGCGUAUGAUGAACUUUUACAAUAUUCACCAGAGGCAACGUCGAUUUCUAAUCUAUACGAAGGGUUGGUAAAGAUUGACAAGUACAUUGAACUCUGA